AUGGCGUCUACCAUUCUCGGAAAUGUUGCAGAGAAGGCCAAGGAGAUGACUGGCUUCAACGACAAGAAGCAAGCUGAUCUUGCCACUGUGACCAAAGAUGUUCAUGAUAAGAGUUGGAGGAUCACCAGCGAUUAUGGCGUCAAGCAAAACAACACCGACAAGUGGCUACAUGCUGGCACAGACGACAAACAAGGCCCUCAGCUCCUCGAAGACCAAUUCGGUCGCGAGAAGAUCCACCGCUUCGACCACGAACGCAUUCCAGAGCGCGUAGUCCACGCCCGUGGCUCCGGUGCCUUUGGCAAAUUCACACUCUUUGAGUCUGCCGCCGAUGUCUCCAAAGCUGGCAUCCUCACCGACACAUCCCGAGAGACACCCGUCUUUGUGCGCUUCUCCACCGUCCUGGGUAGCCGUGGAUCUGCAGACACUGUCCGUGAUGUUCGUGGAUUUGCCGUCAAGUUCUACACCGACGAAGGGAACUGGGAUAUUGUUGGGAACAAUAUCCCGGUCUUCUUCAUCCAGGACGCGAUGAAAUUCCCCGAUGUCAUUCACGCUGCUAAGCCAGAGCCAGACUGUGAGAUGCCACAAGCUCAGUCUGCUCACUCGAAUUUUUGGGACUUCCAGAAAGUUUUGUACAUGCACGCUGAAGCGACUCACAUGUUCAUGUGGGCCAUGUCCGACCGGACUAUUCCACGCUCGUAUCGUAUGAUGCAAGGAUUCGGUGUCAACACCUACACGCUCAUCAACGACAAGGGCGAGAGGCAUUUUGUCAAGUUUCACUUCACCCCCGAGCUUGGUGUGCACAGCUUGGUGUGGGAUGAGGCUCUCAAGAUUGCAGGCCAGGACCCUGACUUCCAUCGCAAGGACCUCUGGCAGGCGAUUGAGAACGGCGCAUAUCCCAAGUGGAAAUUUGGCAUCCAGGUCCUUCCAGAGAGCAAGGAGGAUGACUUCGAUUUUGACAUUCUUGAUGCCACCAAAGUCUGGCCCGAAGAGCUGGUGCCAAUUCGGUACAUUGGUCAACUAGAGCUCAACAGGAACCCCGAUGAGUUCUUUACCCAAACCGAGCAGAUUGCUUUCUGUACAAGCCACAUCGUCCCUGGUAUCGGCUUCUCAGACGACCCGCUACUGCAGGGCCGCAAUUUCUCUUACCAGGACACGCAACUCUCACGUCUGGGAAUCAACUGGGAAGAGCUACCUAUCAACAAGCCUGUCUGCCCUGUCAUGAAUCACAACCGUGACGGAGCCAUGCGACACACCAUCACCAAGGGCAAGGUCAACUACUGGCCCAACCGUUUCGAGACUGUACCUCCCGCCUCGGAAAAGGAAGGUGCCUAUGUUGAGUACGCCCAGAAGGUUGCUGGCGUCAAGACGCGUCUGAACAGCAAGAAGUUUCGCGAACACAAGAAUCAGGCCGAGCUCUUCUACAACUCCAUGUCUGCACCGGAGCAGGCUCACAUGAAGGCUGCUUUUGCCUUUGAAUUAGACCACUGCGAAGAUCCCAUUGUCUACAAGCGCAUGUGCGAGCGCAUCGCCGAGAUCAAUCUCGAGCUCGCCCAGGAGGUCGCCGAAAUGGUUGGUGGUGAGAAGCCCACUGAUGGGGGUCGUGCUAAGCAUGGCAAAAAGACCAGGGGUCUCUCGCAACUUGACUAUAUGCCAUCCACACCUACGAUCGCGACACGCAUGGUUGCUAUCUUGAUUGCAGACGGUUACGACAAGGUCGCAUACAAUGGCAUUAAGGCUGCUCUCACUGCAGCCGGCGCCCUGCCUUUUACUAUCAGCCCACGCAGAAACAAGAUCUUUGCUGCAGGCGAGGAGGACGGCCAAGGCGGCGUUGUCGCAGACCACCACCUUGAGGGUCAACGGUCAACCAUGUACGACAGCAUUUUCGUCCCCGGCGGUGCCAAGUCUAUCCAAACACUCUCGAAGAAUGGCCGUGCUGUUCACUGGAUCCGCGAAGCCUUUGGCCAUCUCAAGGCCAUUGGUGCAACCGGCGAGGCUGUUUCCUUCAUCAAGAUGGCCGUUGAUCUACCGGGAAUGCAAUUCUCGACGAACAGCGAGGCCGUCGAAUCGUAUGGUGUUGUUACAGUGAGCGAGAUGAAGCCGGAGAGUUGGAAGGAGGGUGUGGAAAUAGCCAAGGGAGCUGCGAGUUUCCUGGGCAAGUACCAGUAUGCCAUUUCUCAGCACAAGAACUUUGAUCGCGAAAUGGAUGGAUUGAAUACGAUGGUGGCGUACUAA